GUUCUCAAAUUUCUACUAGGAUUGCCUCUCCUAYCUGUAUUAUAGGCGAUAAGGCUGUAUUUUAGCCAGACAAGACAUCUCUAUGUGAUUCUACCUCUGUGCAAGCACCGUGAGAGAUACGUAGUUCAUCACGGAUCAAUGGUUUUUGAAUAUAGUCAAAAUUCCUUCGAUAUUCGGCCGAGAUCCAUUGAUGCUGCACRGUACACAAGUCUCGUUSACAUGAAAAUGGCAGCUAGUGCUUUUACCGGGCAGUGAGUCAAGAAACAGCAMUCAAAUCCUCGUGGAAAUUCUGYUAAACUUCAGCAACGAUGGAAGAGUCAGCCGAAGUGAUUGAACAAUCUCCAACUCCAAGUAACCGAAGCCAUCCAACUCCAAGGCCAACUCCUCCMAGACCGCCCAUGCCUUAUGCUUCCAAUGACAAAGAGAAUGUGUCUAUAAGCAAUGGUGGUACCAAAGUUACUAAGAAAUUAAGUAUUGGUAAAGAAAAGCCAGUUGCUCCAACAGCUAAUUCUGCUGAAGGAGGGAAUAUUCAGCUUGCAAGAGCUGGAGAGACUGUCCUAGAAACCUUCUAUGGCAUGUUGUACAUAUGUGAAGACGACACAAAAGAAUGGAAGCUAGCGGCCAAUGGCUUUAUUCCUCUUUGUUUUAUCCAAGAGCGUGGAAAUGCUAACAAUCCUUUUAAAGUCAUUGCUGCUCAUGGUUCUAUCAGGGUAAUGGAGUUCCCAGUAACUAAGGACACAAAAUGUACUCAGAACAAAGCCUUUGUAAGAUGGCAUGACUUGCCUCUUAAAAUGUAUGGUGUUAGAUUUGCAAAAGAGAGUCAAGCAAACCAGGUUAGCAAUCAUGAAAGUAUCAGGCACUCAGAUAAAAUCUUUACUGAAAUUUUCAAGUUACAUGAAGUACUUGAAUGUAUAAGUGAUCCUACAGUGGAAGGAGUUUCUCAUACAAAGAUCUCUCUGAUUGUCAAAUUACCAAAUAAAGAAACYACAAUUAUGUCCGUACCUGGAUUAAUUUCUAUUGGCGAGCUGUUGGACUUAAUUUGCAAGAAAGAAAAUUUGACUCGUGAUGAUCAUGUUUUGACACUGYCAAAAGUUGGUGGCAAGGAACUGAAAUAUGGGUCUGACACAGUGCUCGGUUCUUUGAAAAUAAGAGAAGUCUUUAUCASUCACGUUGAUGGAUCAUCUAWCAAUUCUGCAGUGGAGGGAARUGUUUCGUCYAAAGAUCCGCAAACGUCAGGUGUCAGAACGGCACAAGCUCCUCCUCGUCCUCAUAAYAACCACGUUUUGCCAGAAUCAGACAAAAAGCUAGAGAAAUCACUUGCAAAAUCUGAUGAGCAUCUUGACCAACAGAAGAAAGAGACUGCUAAAGUGAAACGAAGAGCACCACGCCCACCUCAGCAGCCGCCAGAGCGACCCAAGAGUAUGCCGAUACCUCGUCCAAGAACAGUUGCGUCUGGUAAUGAGGGAACUCCUCAAGCCAAGAAAAGACAGGCUCCAGCGCGACCACCAGCUCCAAAAGUAUCUCCGCGAGGAUUGGACCAAAACAAAUUGAAAACUGAUGAUAAGGAGGAACGGCUCCCKCCAGAAUUUUGUCCUCCUCCACCCCCAGAUGAUGUUCCUCCACCUUUGGAUGAAUGUGAACUUCCAGUUAGCCCUCUUAGUGCGGACGAUGAAACAGCUUGGAUGACUAGUAGUGGAGAUCACGACUCAACWCAAAACACUUCAAGUUACGUAACAUCAUUUAAARGGGAAGAAUCUGUGGUGCCACCYAUGGCAUCAGAUCMUCCCUUGUCUCCUGGCGUAUCGCAAGAACUUGCAUCGCCAGAAUCCAUCCCUCUGAAAUUUUUACUACCUUCUGAAGCGGAUGCUGAAAACGAUGAUGUAGUUGAAAGAGAAGGACGAUCAUCAAGGAUAAAUUUUGUUGGUGAUAGUCGAAGUUCUAGCGUGGAUUUUUCUUGUGAUCAAGAUAUUCCUACUUCGCCAAUAGAAGGGUACAGACCUCCCUUCGAAGAUAUAGAGGAUAUAAAACCCAGUAACUCGGAUAAGCCACACGGCAUCUCUCCGCCUCCUCCACCUUCGGAUUUUUCCAAUGAAAUCCAGGAUAAAAAAUCUUCAUUUGAUUACCCAGGAACUGUACCUUUUUCCGAAACAAACGCGGACAUAAUUUCUCUCCAACCYCCACCAGACUUYGAUGAAAAUCUCAAGAUCGAAAAUUCAGAUAUAGAGAGCAUGGUUGUUCCACCGCCACCAACCAUGUUUGAUGAUUCYCCAGAGGAGAAGGAUAUUAUUCCCACAGAAUCGAAYAUAGUUCUAGAAARUGAGGAAAGUUUUUCCAUUCCACCACCGUUGGACUUUGCAGAAGACAAAAACUGUGAUGAAGAGGCUGAAGAAAUCGAUGAAUUUAGAGAUAAAUUUGGGGACUAUKACAAGUCAACURCAAAAAAGAAGCUCGGUUUAAGCACCGAAAUGUUUCCCUGGYUAUCUGAACCACAACCAGCAUUCCAAGCGGAAAUUUCGAACAUUAUYAGUGACGUUCCUCCAACUGAAAACAAUAGCUCAAGUGAACAGCAAUCUUUGGUCAAAUCGGAGGUAGAAACAAAUAUUGAAACAACAGGAGAGAAUGAUAACCAAGRGCUUGUCCCUCAAAUUCAACCUGUUGUCGAAAGCCAUGUCAAUCACAUCUUACCAGCUGAAAUAAUUGAAAAAGAAACAGCAAAUAAUGAGCWUCAUGAAAGCGCACCAGUCAUAGAAUCUUUAGAAGAUAAGAACGAAUACUCUGGCGCAAAAUAUCUUGUGUCUGGUGACGAAAGCAAUUUGACACUUCCCAACUCCAAAGACAGAGUCCCUCCGACUGCAGAGGAAAAGGAAUAUCGCMAAAGUAUUAGUUCAGAGGAAGGCUCCAGUAGCUACAGAACCCCCUUUGACGAUCUAGGUAGCRUAGAAUAUUCUGGAAGUUCCUUGGCUUCGGAGUCUGAUGAAGACUUCCUUGAUUUAAAAAAUGUAAACAAUAUUGGAAACGAUAAAACAGCUCAAGCUYCCUCAGACACCAAGAUUGAAAGUUCCAAUGAGAUUGAAACUCUGCAUCAGGAAGAAAAGGAGAUCCCUCAGGCAGACGUUACGUCUAAACCAUAUUCCUCUUCGCUUGUCAAAGAAAGUAGUUUUACAAGUAGCUAUAGAGAAAGGUCUGAGAAAAGUAUUUCUGAUGAGCCAAAGGUGGAGUCGUCGACAGCUACACCUAUUGCUGUUCCUAUGGACAUCUUGUUUCAGUCUUUAGAACAAAAUUCCACUAAUACGGAGACGACAUCUUUGCAUGGCAAUGAYAACAAAUGGCAACAAUCUAAAACCGGCCCGAAGAGGCCCGUGAGCAGUGGAUUUAAAAAGCAAAGUUGGUCUGAUAUAAAAAAUCAAGAAAAGCUUAUACAAGAAGAAAAACAGAGAAAGAGCUCUUUGACGAAAACGGAUGAGAAAAGUGGAACGUCACUCUCGACGCAACAUGACACGACUCGACCAACAGAACUAAAGCAAUUAUCCCUUGACGAACAAGCGAAAAGCACAAAUUCUUCAAAAGUAUCCCGUGUUUCUAAAGAAAGUGAAAAUGCUCGAUUUGAAACGACUGCUCCGAUAGACGUUCGAUCAUCACAUCUUAAAAACGAUAACGAAGUCACARUAUCCGAACAUGUCUCCUUUCCKAACAUUUGGACUGAAAUAAAAAAUCAGGAGAAGAUAAUGGAACAGGAAAGACAAAGAAAGAUUGAAAUAGAAAAGAAUGCGUCAUCUCGCGACGAAGAGAAAAUUGUUGUUCUCUMUGAUACAGCUACAACGGAAACCACAACAACCUCGUCAACUGCAGCUAACAAGCCUAAGGAAGAAACAAGAAAACCACAUUCUUACGUAUCGUCAGCCAUCGAAAGGCGGUCAUCCAGUGACACAUCUUACAAUGUCCCAGGAAGAMRUUUUGUAGUUCCAGCACCAAAGAGAAAUGACAUGAGCUCUUUUGGAGGCUCCAAAACUACAUCAAUAUCAGGUAUAACAUAUACAACGAAAGAACCAGCUUCAAAUGAUUCGACUAUUGAUGCGACKGUCGAKCGCGUUAAAGAACAGGAUCUAUCCACGAUCCCCAAAACAAACGAUCGUCAGUCCAGUUCUCAAGGCGUGCAAGGCGUCGUCAUGAGAAAAAAAGGYGCAAAACAGGAAGACACAAUGCAGAAAAGAAAGUCUGUUCAAGAUAUGAUGAAAAUGUUUUCCACAGAAGACGAUCCUGAGCGGGAACGGAGGGACAGUACAGAGAUAAAUCCAAGACAGAGCCCAGCUUUACGUUUGCUCGAAGAAAAAAUGGGCUAUAGAGAAAGAACUUCAUCUGAUAUAAGUUCCACAGCAUCAGAAACAAUGCCAAAACAUUCAAUUGCUUCAAGCGCAACACGUGAGACGAACGUUGCUCAAGUUGAAAAUUCCAAACCCAAAUCUGAAUCUACUCCUGCGAACAAUGAAAYAAAGCCUGAUAAGGUUGUUUCUAAAGAGACGACUAAAACAAAUUCAAAGGAAACGGACUCUUCUAGUGUAAGACUUAGAACAAACUCCUUAAAUCCAAAGCCUUAUGGAGUUUUAUUUCCAAAGGAUCAAAAAAGUUCAACAAAGGUGACUCAAUCAAACAAGWCGGUUGUUGAAUCAAAGAAAGAAACAGAAUUAUCGCUUAGAAAAUCUAGUCCAAAUCCAAACUCCUAUGAUAUACUUUUUCCUAGGAAACGUAGCACAUCUGAUGCAUCCAUAGAAACAAAAAAAACKAKCAAKUCAAAUAUGACGUCAAAAACACAAACUGAAAAUAAAUCUGAUUCGUUAGUAGCAUCAUCCAAAACGGAAUCCAUAAAAAAGGACAGCGCGAAUUCAAAGCCGCCUCGAAACACGGAAAAUAUUGAACAAUCUAAGACAAUGAAAAAUGAAACGGAACAGAAAAAACAAUUUGAAAAGRCGAUCCCACAAACUUCAAAAGUAAAGACUACAGAUGAUCAAAARCAAYCAAAAGACAAYGAAGACAUAAAACUCGUCCAAGCAUCCAGUAACGAAAGGAAGGCAGCUGACAACAAACAAGUGGAAAAUGCACCGAAGCCAGUUGAGUUGCGAARAAAAGAAUCUAUCGCAGACCCUAUGAAAAGAUACUCRAUGCCUGUGAACUUGGUAGAAAGUUCAUCGUCAAGCACUUCCUCUCGUGGAAAGAAUCUUAAGAUUCUCUUGGCUCCUCAAAUAUCAGAUGUCGAUGUCGUUCCUAAGGGCAGAGUGGCUGCGAUGAUGGCUGCCUGGAAAAGUGACGAUCAAUAACCAUAGCAGUUGCCUUCAAUCGACUCACAUAUURUCUUCCUUCUUCCUUCGUACAAAAUGAUCUCAAAGAUAUACAUGAAUUGUUUCUGUAUUGGGUGGAUGGUUUUCUAAUCUAAAACGUUAUUUGUUUC